AUGGCAAAGACAGCCACCACCAAGUGCAAUCUUUCUCUGAAUCUGGGCCUUUUGGUGCUGCUGAAUUUUCUGGGGACCGCAAUGCUGGAAGAUGCACACUCCCUUAGUUGCAACUUGAUCAUCAGGUCUCCUACCAAGGCAGAACCUCUCUGGUAUGAAGGACAGUGUUCAGUGGAUGGAAUUGAUUUCCUUUCUUCUAAUAACGUGAACAAGACCAUGCCUUUGGGUAACCAGGAGCAGAUGGCAAAUGCCACCGAAGUGCGGACAUGUUUGACCCAGUGGCUAGACCUAUUGGGCCAGGACUUAAGGGACAAGGUGUCUGAAAUCAAAGUGCACACUACCAAGCCCAGUGGUCACCCCACUUUACGGGUCACCAUGCUUUCUAAGCACAGCCAUGAACAAAUCAUUAGUGCUUCCUGGGAAUUCAACAUCAGUGAGAAUUAUUCCUUCAUCUUGGACCUAAAGACUAUGAAGUGGAAACUGAUUAAUCCUGUACUAGAGGACAUCAUGAAAGAAUGGAAAGAUGAUGAGACAUUAAUGAAACAUCUGAAUUUGUCCAUAGCAGAAUGCAGUCAAAAAUUCAAUGAAUUCUUAAAUCAGCACGAGGAAAGAACAAGUAGAUCAACAAGGGCCCCAGAUAUCACCCAGUCUCCACCUACCAGCCAGGUUCCUUAUAAGGAAGUAUUGAUCGCUGUGGGACUCAUCUUCUCCAUCAUCUUUAUUAUUUUCAUUUUCAUAUGUGUGAAGAGGAUGUGUUGUACCCAAGGAGGAAACAUCAGAUUGACUUCCAGAGUGUUUUUCCCAGCUUGUGAUCCCACCAGCAAUGGAGGAAUGUUCCUUUUCCUUCGCAUCAUCGGCAGCGUCUUCUGUUGCCUGAAUUUUUGA